CAUGACUGCUCGUAGCUACCUCUCCGUGUGGUGUCGCCGUCGAUCGCCUGAGCCUCCCGUCCAUGGGGCAGAACGCAAUUUCCUCGCACCUUCCAGCCCUACGGCUCACCUCGAUCGUGGCCGUUGGAUGCUGUCCUCGGUGCAGUGCACGGCCGGCGCAUAUAAUCUGCUCAUUCCGGAGCGGAAAAGGAGUUGGUGUCACAGAGACACAGACCACAAUCCUCCGGACCGGAGCUGGAGUGAAGUGAGCAGGCUGCAAGCUUCGCUGAUGGAUCCUUCCACGAGCAAUGCUGCAGGAGCGGGGGCAUCAGUCGUGGUUGCUGUGGCGGCGCCGGCAGCAGCUCCACCGCCGGCACGACCACGAGCAGCGGCAGCGCCGCCGGCGCUGAGCCCUCUGAGCUCGCGUGCGGCUGCGGCGGCGACUCUCUUCGUGUUGGGGUGUGCGUCGACGGCGCUCGCCCUCCUCGCCUUGUCCCUCAACCCGGCCGACGCCGGCUUCCUGGGGCCCUGCGCGCCGACGGGGCAGGCGGCGGCGAACCUGCGCGCCUCGUCCGUGCUGAUGCUGCUGGCCGUGGCGGCGCUGGCGCUCGCGGGCACGGUGGCCGUGCUGGCGCCGGCGCGCCCGUUCGCGCCCUUCGCCUGCGCGCUGGGUGCCGUCACCGCCUACGCCGCCGUGGUCGUCCUCCCGAGGGUCGUCGCCUGCCACGGUCACGGCCACGGAGCGAUCGCCGUCUACUACGGUCUCUUCGUCGCCAUGCUGUGCGCCGCGCUGUUCGCGGCCGUCGCCGUCGCCGUUGCCGGGGAUCAUUAGCUGUCGUGUUCGAAAGCAUAGCAAGAUAUCUCCCUGCCUUCAUCUAGCUAGCUUAGCAAGGUCAUGGUGGUUAACAUGGAAGCAUACUGUGAAAAUAGGACUUUGUUACGUGCAGCAGGCCCGCCGGGAUGCACCAACGGUGACCAAAUGCAAGUUUGUCCAGUUCGAACGAA